UCUGAAUAUAAGAGUUACUGAGAGGAAAUUAGUUUGGCUCGCAGAGGAGAUCAGCCAGACUUUGCAGUGCGUCUUGCUGAGCAGUUGGUACCUCCACCAGUACCGUGCUUCGGAUACCAGUACAUGUAGAGGAAAAAUGGAAGUUAUUGAGCUGGGAGAAGUCGACUUGAACUGUCCUUCCAACUGUCAAAUACAUAAUACCCAUUUCUUCGGAACUGACAGACAGAUAAUAAGGAGAGGGCAAGCCUUUAGCUUUUAUGCUCGUUUCCAAAAUCGGGACUGGGAUGACUCCGUGGACCAGGCUACUUUCACCGUGGAAACAGGCCUCAGACCCUGUGAAUCAAAUGAGACGAAAUGCACCUUCCCAAUGGGCAGAUGUCUGGAUCAAACCUGCUGGAGUGCUUCCUACAAAGUUCAUCAGCCAAAAUGCAUCAGUAUCAGCGUGUUUCCUCCCUCCAACGUCUGCAUUGGCCGCUAUAUUCUCAAUAUGCAAAUCACAUCCUGUGGUCACACCUAUCAGCGGUGCCUUGGAGAUUUUUAUGUCCUUUUUAACCCUUGGUGUGCAGAUGACCCUGUAUAUUUGGACAAUCAGGCCCAUAGAGAAGAAUAUGUUCUGAAUGAACAUGGAAUACUGUAUGAAGGAGUGCACAAGCACAUAACCUCUAGACCAUGGCACUUUGGACAGUUUGAAGAUGGGAUCCUGGAUAUCUGCUUGAAGAUCUUGGAUAUGGGUGCCAGUUACCAUCAUGGCUCUGAUCGUGACCACUGUUGGCGCAAUGACCCUGUGCAUGUCAGCAUGGUGGUGAAUCACAUGAUAAGCAGCCAUACCACUAACAGUAUCAUGAAGAUUCCAGAAAACAAUGAUUACCUGAAAGGAACAAAGCCAUUUUCCUGGAAUGGAAGUGUCCCUAUUCUACAGCAGUGGUACAGUGGCAGAUGCAGGCCAGUCAGAUAUGGGUACUGUGGAUCUCUUGCUUCAGUAAUGUGCACAGUGAUGAGGUGUUUGGGAAUUCCAAGCCGUGUUGUCACUAGCUUCUGUUUUCCUUGCUCAAUUGAGAAUCCCCUCAGUAUCAAUGAGAUUUUUGAUUCUACUGGUAAAAACCUGUGUGGUAAAGACAAGCUAUGGCGAUACCAUUGCUGGAAUGAAUCUUGGAUGGCUCGCAGAGACAUAAAUCAGUGCUGUGGUGACUGGCAGUGUCUGGAUCCAACACCUCUGGAAACAGGCAGAGGUUCAGCCUGCAGUGGUCCUACAUGGGUUAGAAGCAUCAGGGAAGGGGAACUGGACUUGGAUUAUGAUGGUCAUCAUAUGUUUUCUCGAGUAAAUUCAAACUAUGUUGGCUGGCUUUCCCAAAACAAUGCCAAAAGAACAAAAUUUUUCUGUGACACAUGGCCAUGUGGACAACGUCUAAUCACCAAGAGUGUUGGCAGUGAGCAGUUUGAAGAUAUCACUGGAGCUUACAAGUAUGAACUAGGUUCUGUGAAAAACAAAGAAGCCUAUUACCGGGCUUACAGAAGAAUUCACCCAGGGUAUUGCAAUGCUUCCAACUGCCAUAUCGACAGAGAGUUAUCAUCUCUGAAAAACCCAUUUCUGAGCGACUCCGGAAUUAACAUGAGGUUAAAGAUGGCUAACUGCCCAAUGUAUGGUGAAGAUGUCCAACUGAACUGGCUGCUUGAAAAUUUGCGUAACGAGAACAAAACCCUGAAGUUUAAUUUGUGCGCACAAAUUAUAACCUACAGUGGUUGCCCAAUGGAACAGUUUUGGAAAGACAGCGUGAAUGUCACAUUGGGUCCAAGGGAAGUGAAAAAAAUUCCACUGUGUAUAUCAUAUAAUCAAUAUGGACCUUAUCUCUAUGAUCACAACAUUAUGAAAGUAGUUGCUGUCUCAGACCCAGAGUGUGGAGAAGUUCUGAUGGUGAGCAGGGAUAUUGUGGUCAACAGACCACCUGUUAUUGUAAAGCUAUUGAGCCAACCCAGACUGAAAGUACCAUGUACUGCAGAGAUCUCCUUCUGCAAUCCUCUCCAGGAAGAUAUGAAGAAUUGUGUAAUGACAUUAGAAGGCUGUGGUUUAUUCAAAGAGCCAAUGACCAUUGAUUUGGGAACGCUGGCAUCCAACCAACAGGCCCGGACUGUCGUGGAGUUCACACCUUACAGGCUUGGCAGCCACCGACUCCUGGCCAACCUUGGGUGCCACAAGUUUGCCUACUGCAAGGGAUGUGCCAAAGGCGAAGUGUGUUGCUCCGCAGGCCAGAAUGGUGUCCUGCCCAUCAGCCAGAACGGGUCACUCCCAGUGUGUGAGAACGGCUCCGUCCCCACAAACGGCACUGGGCCUGUCCCUGUGGCAGACGCCGCCUUCAACUCCAUGUGUGAAUAUAUAUGUAUCCCAGUGUGCAACCCAAACUGCAGUGCAGGGGGGCAGCCUGUCUACGAUUUCGUGUACCUCCCUGCAGGCCACCCCUUAUGCAACACCAUCUGCAACCAAGGCUUCAAUCCAAGCAUCAAUCCUGGUUUUGAGAUGGCAUGUGAUCCUGGCUUCCGUGUCAUAUGUGAGACUGUACCUCCUGCUACAUGUGCUCCAAUGCCUCCAUCCAUGUACAACAACUCCAUGCCAGCCCCAGCAUCCAACCCUGUUUGCACCCCUAUGCCUCAUGUGGUGUUCGAGACAGGUCCUGCUCCCUCACACCCCUCUGGAGGUGCAGGGGGGCCGAUGACCUAUUCUGUCUCUGUCCCCGCGAAUAAUGCGGUGAGUGCCUUGCUGACCCACUUCAUGGCCGGCCCCAGUCCCAGUGGGGCAACCCAGGCAGUCCCUAUGUCUGCUCCGCCAUCCUACUCCAUGUGCUCCCCAGUAGUCCACACCAUUGGUAAUCCCAUGCAACCUCCAACUCCCCUUUCAGUGCCCGGUGCCUCCAUCUCACAUGUCGUUUGCGGCUCCACGCCCUCUCCCACCACCCAGCCUCCGUGUGGCCCAGUGGCCACCGUGUCCUCCCAGCCCCUGAGUGCCGGGGUAGCCCACGGCCUGUGCUCCCCAGCUGCUUCCCCCGUGCCCCGUGCUGCCGACCGUAGCAGCACCCCAUCAGUGCUGCAGGUGGGCAGUGCCUCUGUAUCCCGCUCCGUGUGCUCCCCAGCCCCCCGCCCCGUGGGACCCCCGGCAUCCCACUCGCUGUGCUCCCCAGCCCCGCGCCCCGUGGGGCCUCCUGCGGCCCACUCCCUGUGCUCGCCCACCUCCGCCUCGCUGGUGGCCCGCCCUGCCAGCUCGCCUGCCGCGCAGCCCUUGGACUCAUCAGCUGCCGCCUGCCUGCCGUGCUCGCCGUCCCCGCGGCCCCUGGCGGGUGCCACCGCCCGCUCCCUCUGUGCCCCCAUCUCUCGCUCCGUCUCCCAGCUUGUGGGCACCUCUGGCUCUCGCUCAUUGUGCGGUUCUCAGUGGGGCCCUUCCUACGACACCACCACUCGCUUGGGCUCCACGUGGGCUCCCAGCUCCCGGUCGCUGUGGAGCCCCGAGGGGCGCUUGGGCUACUCCUCGACCCGUGCCACCUACGGCACACUCACACGCGCCCCGUACAGCUCCUUGAACCGCUCCUCCUACACCUUGUCCCGCUCUGGCUACAGCACCCUCCCCCGCUCCACCUCUCCGUCUCCCUAUGCCACCCUGACCCGCUCCGGGUCGUGCCCCUCUGGCAGUACCCUGGCUCUGGCAGGGUCCCGCAGGCCCUGGAGUCCCACAAGGAGCACUCUCACCUAUUUCAAACGCAAGUAUCUGUAACGGAGAGUGACCUGGGGAAACCUAAAGCCAGUGAAAUAAAGUCUGUGUGCAGAUGCUUUACAAGAGGUUAGAAAUAGGGUGAUGAAGAGCAGCGUGGUGCUCCGGAGCAUUUAUCUACGGAUUUGAGAUGUGCCAGAAAGCGGGCUGUGAGCCGGCUGCUGAGGGAUGCAUUCGAUGUAAUACUUGUAUGACUUGAGAUAUGGUGUGGUGGAAAUGACAAAUGAACGCGCUCCCUGCGGAGCCGCCGUGACAAUAGUGGCACGGUGCAGGUAAAUCGGGCUUACUUGCUCAGUCAAGCUGUUUUAUAAAUGAUGUGCUUUCACUCUCUCUUCUCUUGAUUUUUUGCAAUGCACAUUUCUCAGAUCUCCCUGGGCUACAGCACUCGUAGCAAAUCUCUCUCCCUGCAUGAAAAGUGCUGUCCUUGGGAUGCUGCAGAGGUGACAGCAGCCGUGCCUUAUGUCUCAGCUAACAGACAUUGGGCCCCUGAACCCCAGCAUUGCUGUGGCUUAGGUCAGUUCUGUGUGCACUCUGUUUCCCUAGUCGUGUAACACUGAAAACUGUGGAGGUCGCAGAGCAACUAAAUCGUUACAAAUCAGCUCAAGAGUUUAACUGCAUCCUUUUUUAUAUCCUUUUUUUCCUUUUUUUUCCUAAUAAUAAUUUUAGCUUUACUACUCUUGGUGUAUUGCAGACCUAAUAUCAGGAAUCCAAAGGUCAGGUUAGACAGUCUGCAAAACUCGAUGAAUAAUUAUACAAUAUAUUGUCUAUCACAACUGUUUUUCAUAUAGCGUAUUUCAAAAAAAAUUCUCACAUACCUUUGUAUGCAUUUAGGUUACUAGGAAAAGCUCUAGUUCCACAGCUGUGCUUUUUUGAUUGAGUAUAGCUAGGGAAAGUCUGUCACUAGACCUCAAUUUAGAGAAGAAGGUAUGAUGUAAUCCUUUCUUUCCAGCACCCAGCCCUCCGAGCUGAAAGGUUAAGAAGGUGAAUGGAAUGUACUGUGUCUUCUACAGAUGAUGGUACUGUUCCAGUGCUAACCUUCUCCAGGUGUUUUAGGAGUUGAAAUAAUACAUUGUCAUAAUCUCUGAAUUUUGGAUUUCCUCAUAAGAAUUUUGGAUUUACUGACAACACCUCCCAUCCCUCCAUUAUUUUCCUCUAGUAGUCCAUUAAUUUUAGUAGCAAGUGUAGUGGGGUUUUGUGGUAAGGUAAGUUUGCUGGUGCUGCAGAAUAUUCAGCCAUGUAGCAAUAGUAUUUCGGUAGUAUCACUGUAGUUCAUGCCUCUAUGUGAUGAGAUGGAGUAACCUUCUGAGGAUUUUGAAAAAGUGUGGUGUCAGAACAUGCCAACACUAUCAUCUUCAUCAACACUUCAAUUCUGAGUAUGGUAGAAGAAAGAUUUGCCUGGAUAUUGUAAUAGAGUGAUCAUAACUCAGUGACUUGUUUUUUUUAUGCAGUUUCAAUAGUCUGUGUUAGGUAUAUGCUGAGAAUUUCUUUGCCUGACUGACAAUAAAAAAAGAAAUUAAAAAACCACCUGUCAUUCUGUUGUUUUGGUUAAAUCUCUGCAAAUGAACUGGUUUGUGAAAUCUUCCCUCCACUCCAUUUCUGUUAAUUUUUCUGUUCUUUUCCUCAAGGUCUGAGAACAAGACUUCAGAAUAAGACCUGAAAUUAGAGGAAACCUAUAGAAUUCUUACUUUACCUGAACUAGUUUGAUAUUACAGGAAAAAUGGAGCCAUCCUCUUUGCCCUCAAUAAACCUUUCCACUUGUUGCAUGAGUUUUUCCUUUGCUCUGCAAAACUCUCAAUCCACAGGAAUGCCAAAAUGAACAAGUCUUCAGGUGGCAGAGGAAGAGAUAGAGAAGAGACUGACAGUAUUUACUUAAGAAAAAAAAAGUGAUUUUGGGGGGAAAGGUUGUUAAUAGUACAUGGUAGCUACAUAAUUCUCAAAUAACAUUUCAGAUUCCUUUUCCCAGUAGUAUCAUGACUUCUCUGAUGUUCCUAAUUUGUGAGAAAAAGUCUGGUUGUGUAUUUCAAAAACUCCAAAGAUUUGGUCACUAGAGUUGUUGGGAGUGUGUGCAACACCCCCACACACUCUUCCUGCCAUAUAUGCUGAAUAUGCACUGAUUUUUAAAAACAGAGUAAGUUCAUUCUAAAUAGGACCAUAGGGGAAGAAAGAAAUCUUUUAUGUUCAAAAUUGUUCUAAUGCUGAAGAAAUGAUAUUCAGGCCGCUGUUGUCUCAUACAGCAUGACAUUAACAAAAGGUAGCUUGUAGUCUAUCAAAGUCCAUCUUACUGUCUCUUUCUUGUUGGGGAGGUAGAGGGGGUGGACAACAUGUGUACAACUAAAGAAAAAGAGCCCCCAAACCAAUAACAACAAAAAGCCCACAAAACGACAGAUUUAAAAUUAUCUCUUUCUUAAGCAUUUAUGAAUGGAAGACUCUAACCUAUUUUUUAUAGGGUAGCUCCUUUGUCAGGAGACAUGGUUGAAAUUUCCACAAAAUUUCUGGUUUGUUUUGUGAUGGCUUGGUUGGUUUGUGUGUUUUUUGUUGUUUUUUUUUUGGUUUUUUUGUUUGUUUGUUUGUUUGUUUGUUUUUGUGUUUUGGGUUUUGUUUUGUUUUGGGUUUUGUUUUGGUUUUUUUUUUCCAUAACUGGCAAAGUCAGACCCAAAUGACUGUCUCAAAUAUAUUUUAUUGCACUAAAACCCACAAGAUUUUUUUUUUUUGCCUAAUGUAUUAAAUAUAUUGAAGAUUAACAGUAUUCAGUAAUGUGGUGUGAUACAUAAAGAAGUCUAUUUUAGAGAAUGAAAAGCCAGCUCAAGCACGACAGUUAUAGUCAUCAGAAAUUAAAUACAGUACUGUCAUAUUUAUGUGUUCAGAAAUAAAUUUCUAAUUUUAAUCUCAGUUCAGGCAUGGAUUUUAUUUAAGUAAGGGAAAUAUAUUCACAUUUUUCCCUAGGCGAUGAAGGUGAAAGAAGGUGUUUUCUCAUGCAUUGUUAUAGUUACUCUUUCUGUGAUUUAAAGUAUAAAUGGGACUACUGGAAUUUAUUUUUGUGUCCAACUAAAAUAAGGUUGUAUUUAUUUUAGAGAUGAGGAAGACUCUAAUGUGUGGUAAUUUUCAGUUCUUGUCCCUAACAGUUCAUUAGACCUUUACAAAUAAUUUUUUAAAUGAGAAGUUUCUAUGAUUUAUCUGCAAGUGGUUUCACUUUUAAUGCUUUAGGUUUGUGUUUCCUUGGACAUUUGCUGACAGCCUACCAUAAAAUGUUUGAAUGAAAUGUGAUUUAUUUUGAUAUAUUCUAUUACCUGCAAGAAAAAUGUUGAAAGGUAUAACUCAAUGAACAAAUUCCCUAUCAAGCAUUAGUUAUACAGGUAAAUUAAAUUUCAGAUAUUGUAUCAGACAAGAAGAUUAAAUUAGGGAAACACUGUAGUAAUUUUAUUUAGUGUUAAAAUAAACCAAAAUAUUUUGAAAUAUAUACUAUGAAUUGUAUAAAAAUAAAACAAUUAAAUAUGCUGGCCAGGAAAAUGUAAAAAUAUUCAAAAUGCAAAAGAUAACAAGAUUUAUUUAUUUCUUAUGCAGCAGAUUUAUGUCAUCUAUCAUAUACUUCCAUUAUAUCUGACUUUUCAAGUUAAUUUCUUCAUGCUGCAUUUGCAGCAGUGUUUUUGUAAGGGAAAGGUCUUUAUUUGUAGAAGAAAAUCCUAUUCAAAUACUUUACAGGUAUCCAUGCUCUUUCUUUCCUUCACUGCCUUAGGUGGGAGGAAAUUCUUCCACACCUUUAAAUGUUCUUCCUUUUUCCUUGUCUUUGAACUGCAACGUACAUUACGUAAUGUGCUUUUAUGCUUAUUUGUAUUGAGCAACUUUCUGACUCUGCAUAACAUCAGAGUAAAAGUUUAGUACAAGAUACCAACGCAAGGCUGAAAUCAGAAACUAUUCCCAACCCGAGGAUCAAAUACAGCGUACAUUAACAGCUGAGCCCUCACUACUAUUCUGUUACUUGUUUAUAGAAAUAAUUAAGUCUGCUACCACAUUUAUCUGGGUUUUAAAUUAUGUUUUGUAAUAUUCUAACUGGCCACACCUGUCUAACUUUUCAACUAAUUAUAACUUUUUCUUCUUCUCUCCUGAGAAAAGUUGCUGUUGAUGGUGUUCAGUAGACUGCUUUAUUUGAAAAACCUGUCUUUUUGUAUGUUUACUAGCUAUCAUACAUUGGAAUUGCAUGGGUGUUGUCUCCAUAAGACAUGUUUAGUGUAGGCUUUCUAUCAUUGCUGU